AUGCCUUGUUUCGAUCCAGAGUAUGACACGUGGGACAGUCUGCGAAAACGAUCUCCAUUCGCGAUAACGACGAUCAUAGCAGUGGUUACAAAAUGCGAGGAUGCAGCUGGCCCUCCCAGUGAACUCCAAUUGAAAAGUAGGGAACAUGCGGAGAAAAUGGCCAUGCACUCCCUCUUCACUCCUGUUUCUAGGAUCGAGAUUGUCCAGGCGAUGAAAACAUUCUGGAGACCAGGUGGCCAUGCAAUUCGAAUGGCAAUGGAUAUGGGAUUGCACAAGUCUCUGGCGUAUCUGGUGGAAGCUGGUAUGGGUGCUGGAAAAACGCCAGAGCAGGUCGAGGCGGAUAGACUGAUUGUGGCCGGUGCUAGAGUUUGGCUUACGCUCUUCAAGAUGGAAUACGAGUGA